AUGGAAGCCAGUGCCAACCCUGCAGAAGAUGCAGCCGCAUCAAAGACUAAAUUCCCCACCAUAUCCCUGCCCUGGGACGUAUCCUCCUUCUUCUCGGAGCAGGUCCCGGACAUGGGACAGGACGACAUCAUGGCUGCGACGAGCAGCGAGGCGGUAUUGGACAGGCUGCGCAGGAACGACGAGAAGACGAGACACAUGACUGCUGCCGAAUACGCUACGUGGUCAGAGUACCGACAUGCUUCCAUGACGUACCGUAAAGCGAAGCGGUUCAGGGAAUGGUGUGGCCUCGGCGUUAUCGCGGAGAACAGGCUUAAUGAUGAUGUGCUGGACAUUCUGGGCUUUUUGGCAUCUGAAAUGGUGCAGAAUCUGACCGAGGAGGCGCUGAAGGUGCAGAAGCAGGAGUUGGCGCGUGCCGAGGGCCGGCCUGGGUCCGAGAGGGCGGAAGAUUGCUACUGCGGACUAUUCGCUGAGCCUGAAGGGCUGAGGAAGCCGGUUGACUCGAGGCAUCUGAGGAUGGCCUUCCAGAGAUUACAGGGGAGACCGAAGAGGCAUCGGGCGCUGCUGAAUGGGGCGAGACUGCCUUGGUCGUCGGGACGCACAUUGCUCUAA